AGCAUGUCCGGCAGCAAGGUCAAGGGCCUUCUUAAAGGGUUUAGAUACAUAUCUCAGAUAUUUGAUAAUGAAAAAGAACAAGAUAUACAGAUUGGAUAUCCCACGGAUGUAAAGCAUGUGGCUCAUAUAGGGUGGGAUGGUCCCUCUGUAAAUUCUCCUAGCUGGAUGAACGAAUUUAAAACUUCUCCAGGAUUUGCAUCAGCACCUAUAAAUCUUACUGGGGAUGUUCAAAAUAAAGGGCAAGAUAAUGCAGUGAAAUGGGUCUCCGAAGAUUCAAGGAGAAAAAGUUCAAGAUCUGUGCAUUCUCAAGGAGUGGGAAGGGAUUUGCCUGAAUUACCUAGGGCUUCUAGAAGGCAACCAAUGGGAGAUUCACCAGCAAGAGAAAAGACAGAGAAAACAAGACAAUCAAAAAAAUCAUCAAACAAAAAUUCACAACCAAAGGAUUCUAUGGAGACACAACAAUUCAUGUCCCCAGACUCAUCAUGCUUAGGAGAUGGGUCACCAGCACGAAGCUUACCAGAUAUCCCUAAAAAGGCUCGUAGAAAGAAAUCAAAAGAGAAUUCUAGUGGUGGUGGGUCAUCCAAAUUGAGAUCUAAAGCUCAACAAUUAGAUUCUAAUUUGGAUUCUGAACCCGAAUCUAUGUCCAAAUCUAGGAUGAACAAAGGUCCUUCGAAGAAAAUGAACAGUAUGAACGAGAAAUGA